UCCUCUCCAAUCUCUGUGCUCUCGACCGCAUCCAAUCCCUCGAACCAGUGUUCUCACUCGACACAUCACCCGAACUCCUAAACCUAGUAACUCCUCCUUUAAGUCCCAACAUACUACAAAAUAAAAACCAAACAGACGACAGACUUUGCCUUUUUGACUCGCCGGACAACCACAGAUCAAAUCGGAGUAAAAAAUCUGUUGUCUCCGUCGAGACAACAGUAACUAAGCUCUAUUUAAUAGUAUUACUUAAAAAAAAUCAUUUUUCGAUAAGAAAAAAAUAAUGUCAGCUUCUUCGCUGUACUGUAAACUCUCCCCUCUCUCCAACUCCUUUGCUUCUAACGACGUCGCUCCGAUCACCAAUCUCACCGUCAAGAUUUUCAGUUCCGUCAAAAACCACCGCAACGAUUUCCGUUCUCAUCCAAUAAAAUUAGUCUGCUCUUUCAACAAUACCACUCACUCUGUUAAAUGCUCCCUUUCUGAUUCUACCUCCGGUACCGUUACUAACGGUAAUUUGAACGAUGAUCCCGGGGUUUUGGAUAUUUCUUCUGAGUUGAGAACUGAUGGCGGCGAUAAUGGUUGUGGGGGUGAUAGUGGAGGUUCUUCUGGUAGUGGCGGUGGAGGAGGAGGAGGUGGAGGAGACGGUGGUGAUAGUGAGGAGAAGGAGUUUGGACCGAUAAUGAAAUUCGAGGAAGUAAUGAAGGAAAUAGAGGCACGUGGAGUUGAGCUUCCUGCUGAUAUGAUGGAAGCUGCUAAAUCUAUCGGGAUUCGCAAAAUGUUUCUCCUUCGUUACCUCGAUUUGCAGGGAUCAGCUUGGCCACUAGGUUUUUUAAUGAAGUACUGUACUAUGCUGCGUAAUCGAAUGCUUGCUGAUCCUUCUUUUCUUUUCAAAGUUGGAACAGAGAUAGUUAUCGAUUCGUGUUGUGCAACGUUUGCGGAGGUCCAGAAGAGGGGAAAGGAUUUCUGGUCAGAGUUUGAGUUGUAUGCGGCGGAUCUUUUGGUUGGGAUCGUGGUCGACAUUGCUUUGGUUGGAUUGCUAGCUCCUUAUGCUCGUAUUGGGAAGCCGGCUGUUUCAGGUGGGUUGUUUGGGAGCAUGCAGCAGGCAUGUGCGGCUCUUCCUAGCAGUGUUUUUGAAGCUGAAAGGCCAGGAUGCAAAUUCUCUGUGAAACAGCGCACUGCCACCUACUUUUACAAGGGUGUAUUAUACGGUUCAGUUGGGUUUGGUUGUGGACUUAUUGGCCAAGGCAUUGCUAAUCUAAUAAUGACUGCCAAACGAAGCAUAAAGAAAUCAGAUGAGGACAUUCCUGUUCCACCUCUUGUGCAAAGUGCGGUUCUUUGGGGUGUGUUUCUUGCUUUAUCUUCCAACACUCGCUACCAAAUUAUUAAUGGACUGGAGCACCUGGUUGAAGCAUCACCUGUGGCAAAACAGGUCCCACCUGUUGCCAUGGCUUUCACUGUUGGUGUGCGAUUUGCCAACAAUAUUUAUGGUGGCAUGCAGUUCGUAGAUUGGGCAAAAUUGAGUGGGGUGCAAUAGUUGAAGUCGUCUCCUUCACUUUCUUCUUCCUGCUAUGAAAUGAGUACGAAAGUUCCCGAUUCCUCAGGGUGACCGUGUCUUUGCUCGACGGGUGACCAGAAAGGCACUUGAAUUUAAGGUUUUCUUACCUCCCGAAGCCAUUGAUGGACCCAUGCUCUUCCAUUCAUCACCUUGAAGCAGAGUAACGACAUCUAUCAUGGGAUCAACAGAAGCCUUUUCCUUUAUGCUUUGGCUUGUCAGCAUGACAACCGUUACACGCGGUUGGUAGGAUAUUAAAAAUUUAAACAUAGUUAACUAUAUACAAUUAUACAUUUAAGGUUUCAUUUGAAA